UCAGGAUGAAGGAGCUGGAGACUUGGGUCGGCGACUUCCAGGUGCCGCCUUCAGUGUGGCUGGCCGGCUUCUUCAACCCGCAGAGCUUCCUGACGGCCAUCAUGCAGAGCACCGCCCGCAAGUGCGAGCUUCCCCUUGACCAGAUGUGCUUGCAAUGUGACGUCACAAAGAAGAAUAAGGAAGACUUCACAUCACCGCCUCGCGAGGGAGCCUAUGUACAUGGAUUGUUCUUGGAGGGAGCUUCUUGGGAUACUGAUAACUCCAUCUUGAUUGACUCUCGACUAAAGGAACUCCAUCCUCUUAUGCCAGUUAUAUUCAUUAAGGCCAUCACCGUGGAUAAGGCUGAGAGCCGAAACCUGUAUGAAUGCCCCAUGUAUAAAACUCGGGAGCGAGGGCCUCAUUAUGUGUGGACCUUCAGCCUCAAGACGAAGGAGAAGCCGGCCAAGUGGAUCCUGGCAGGUGUAGCGCUCCUUCUGCAAGUGUAAUGACCACGGUGCUAUCAAUAUUCAAUUAGGCAUAUUGUCAGUUUUAUCCUUCAGAUCGCUAACUUUCUUUAACAUAUAACCCGAAUGCCGCUUUUCUCCAGUGUUGAUAUAUGAUUUAACUGGGCGUAUCUAAACUGCUAUAUAUUAAUAUUAUAAAAUGGGCCUUUAUAGUAAAAUCGAAAUAUGCUUCAGUACAUGCAGAAGAGUAUAAUUAAUUAAGCUUACAUAUAACAUACCAACAUAGGUAAAUUUUGGAUCAAUAGCUAACAUCAUAUUGGCUUUUAAGUUAUAUGUUACGUGAACAGUUCUUAUAUCUCAUAAUUUUAAAAAUUCGUCGACACAAAUUACAUAUUCUCAUAUCAAAACAUACAUAUUUUGCUUACCAAAAAAGGAAAAAAAAUCUAAAAAAAAUGUAAACUCUUUUCUUUCUUAUCAUAAAUGUGGAUAAGCCAUGAUUUGUGAUAUCUAAUAAAGAAUAUGCUGCAGUCU